AUGCCUUUCGAUUCUAAGCCCCACGUGGCAACUCUUAAGGAACAGCUGAUUCAGAGCCUUCUUAACCUUCUUAAGGAAGACCACCCCUCACCCACCCCCAGAAUUAAGAUUACAGUUGUUGGGGUUGGUGCUGUUGGCAUGGCCUGGGCCAUCACUAUCUUAAUGAAGGGCUUGGCAGAUGAACAUGCUCUUGUUGAGGUCAUGGAAGACAAAUUGAAGGGAGAGAUGAUGGAUCUCCAGCACAGCAGCCUUUUCCAUAGAACGCCAAAAUUUGUCUCUGGCAAAGGCUAUAACGGGACUGCAAACUCUAAGCUGGUUAUUAUCAUGGCCGGGGCACGUCAGCAGGAGGGAGAAAACCAUCCUAAUUUGGCCCAGCGUAACAUACACAUCUCUCAAUUUAUCAUCCCUAAUACUGUAAAAACCAGCUCAAACUGCAAGUUGCUUGUUUCCAGUUCGGGGGGAUAUCUGGAUCUAUGUGGGUUUCCCCAAAACCAUGUUAUUGGAAGUGGCUGCAAUCUGGAUUCAGCCUGGUUCCAUUACCUAAUGGGAGGAAGGCUGGGAGUCCUCCCAUUAAGCUUCCACGCGUGGGUCCUUGGGAAGCAUGGAGGUUCUAGAGUGCCUACACGGAGUGGAGUAAAUGUUGCUGGUGCCUCCCUAAACACUCAGAACUUCCGGUUCUUUCACCCAACAUGCCUACUGAAUCAUACGUUAAUGAAGAAAUCAAAUGAUUUCAAGAUCCACAAAACCAAACAAACAGCAGACAGCAAUUUGUUUGAAUUAGCAGCUACAAAUCCAUUAGCAGCCAAACAUAGGGACCUCCACCAGUGGUUUUCCCAGUAUUUCAAAUAUGAGAACUCUACCAUUUUUCAAGACAUGGGAAAAGUUUUCAUGGUGCGGAACUGGAUCGAAGCCUUUGGGGACAUCAAGCAUGGCUGGCCCCUUCUGCUAAGUGCCAGCGGGAGACGUAGAGCCAUUCGCUAUGGUACACCGGGGGAAAGAGGAAUUCCCAGACACUUCAAGGACAUCGACAGAGUCAGAAUUAACGCUAAUACCCAAGGACCUAAAUUAUCAUCAUGCUCCCACACCAUCCCCACCGCCCCCUACUCCCAGCAGAGUGGGCACUGGCACAACCCGGUCAACAUCUAUGGCCAUAUUGGGAAGCUGGCGUGGGAGGAGGUCUCUUCUGACCGGAGGACAAAGGAAGAAAAAGGCUGCAUGUAG